UAGACGACACAAACAAACCAGGAAGUGUCUACGCGAACGUUAUAUACGUGAUAUUUCAUAUCAUUUAUACGUUUUUAACAUGUCCAGUGAAGUCCGAUAUUGCGACAGGUGCUCGUACCUCUUUCUCAAGUUCUGCUUGAUCGUAUAUGCAACAAUUUUCUGGCUGAUAGGGGGCUUUAUUUUGGCCAUCGGCAUUUAUGCGGAGGUGGAGAGGCAACAGUACAAAACGCUGGAAGGAGUAUUCCUGGCUCCUGCCAUUAUCCUCAUUGUGCUUGGUGUGAUCAUGUUCAUCGUCUCCUUCAUCGGCGUUCUGGCAUCUCUCAGAGACAACUUGUGCCUUCUCAAAGUGUUUCUUUACAUGCUGGCUGUCUGUCUCAUUUUGGAGCUCGCCAGUGGGAUUCUUGCUUUGAUCUUUAGAAGACAGACAGAGGACCUUCUCAACAAAAACAUCCGUAAAGGCAUGGUCAAUUACUAUGAUGACCUGGAUUUCAAAAACAUCAUGGACUUUGUUCAGAAGACGUUCAAAUGUUGCGGGGGAACCGACUUUUCAGACUGGAAGGUGAACAUGUAUCAUAACUGCUCUGCUCCUGGUCCACUAGCGUGUGCAGUGCCUUACACCUGUUGUCUGAGCAAGCCUUCUGAAGUUGUUAAUACAAUGUGUGGAUACGAGGCCCUGAAGAAAGAGAGGCUAGAAAAUAUAGAUGUGAUCUACACCCGUGGUUGCACGAAUGCCGUCUUCAUUUGGUUCAUGGACAACUAUAAAAUAAUGGCUGGACUUCUUCUGGGCAUCUUAGUUCCUCAGUUUUUUGGUGUGAUCUUUACCUGGCUUUAUAUCACCCGUGUGGAAGAUGCCAUCGAGGAGUAUGGACACUAUAUGGAUGGUCUGCUGGACGGCAGACCCCAGGGGACCAAGCAGCAAAGCAAGUGGGCCAAAUGUUGCAAAUGCAUGCCUUUGAUUGACUGAGUGCCAUCUCCUAACAAGCCUUAAAUUGGAUAAAAAAGGUUUAUACAGUUACUAUCACAUGCUGUGGAUGAAAUGAACUGUUUGUAGCAAUGCAAAACACAACUGUCCUGUGCUAUACUUUUGUAACAUCAGCCACAGACUCACUGAUGUAAGAAAGCUAUUUUUGUACUGUCAAUAUCGUUUUCACUGUUACUCUGAAGAUUCAUUAUUUCAUCUGUCAGCUGAAAAUGGGUAGUUUUUUGUGUCAAAAUUUACCAAUGCUAGGACUAACCUUCUGUCUCAGGAUCUUUCUACUAAAUCAGACCUGAAGCAGUACACUAAAUAUGCCACACAUUUCUGUCAUGUCGACAGCGUCAAAAUGCCUUUAGAUUUUACACAGCUUAGUUCUGUUUAAUGGGGAACCUGUUUGGAAAAUUGGCACCCUGUAAGUCUUAGGUAAUGAAUUAUGUUUUGAAUUAGUUCACCAUAUUUGCUGUAAAACAUUUUUUAAUUUUUUGAUAAUUGUUUUACUUACUUACUUAUCUUUACUUGAAUCAGAGGCUGUUCCUCUUAAUUUAAAUAAAACAAUGCUCAUUAUGAGCUGAUUAUUUUGUAAUCUGUGAAUCUGUGAAUUUUAUUGUCCAUAAUUUAUGUUGUGCUUCUCAUAAUAUUUUAAUUUUUUCUAGACUCUUUUUCAAACUCAACAUAUUUCGUUCAAAGCUGCAAGUGUACAUGUACAUAUUUAUAUAUUUUAAAAUGUUUUUCCUUCUUUUUUGCCAAAGGGUGAUGGUUUUUAUAUUCUCCUCUAUUCUGUUGGCUGCUGUGUUAUUAUUAUUAUUAUUAUUUUUAUAAACAUGAAAACAAGUAAACUGCAUAUCUUGUCCUGUUUUUAUAACAAGUACAUAAGAUGUUUGUGUCUUGUCAUUAAAUGACAGGAGAAUUAUCUAAUGGCAUAUUUAUUUAAAGUUUGCCACAGUUUAUUAUGUAAAAUGCACAAAAUAUUGCAUCUGUACAAUGUCAUUAUUCACUGAAAGAUAAUUGCAAACAAACAAGUUGAAGUGAAUAAUAAUAUUAAGCCUUAACAUUUUCUGUUAUUUUCUUUCUUUCUUUUUUUGGUCUAUCUUUGGAUUUCUCUGCUGUCUUUAUGUGAUUUCUUUGUCUAUGUAUUGACCUGACUGUUAAAGCUUGAGUAUUGCCCUGAACACAGUGAGUGUCCUGCUGAAUGAAUGAAUAAAUGAUGUUUACAGA